AUGGGUGUACGAACGCUCUUGAAUGCUUCAUCCUCCUGUUCUACACCUCGGUGCGUUUCUCUCCUUGUUGCUAAGGUGCUGUUUUGCUUUUUCCUUCCUCUCCCAGGCUCAUGUCCCAGGCCAGAGCGGCUGCAGUACGCAGAGCUCAGCCAGAGCUCCAUGGAAAUGCAGGAUUUUCCAGCUGGGAGCCAAAUCUCCUUUAUUUGCCGCCCAGGAUACAUCAGGGUCACGGGGAUGUCACUCACCUGGACGUGUGGUGAUGAUUUGCAGUGGUCACGCGAGGGCGUGUUCUGUACAGAGAGAAAAUGUCCAUACCCAGGAGACUUGGAAAAUGGUUAUUUUGAUCCAACAGAUCUUACAUUUGGUUCAAAAUUGACAUUUUUUUGUAAAGAAGGAUACAGAUUACAGGGUAGUGAAGAGAUUUCCUGUGAUAUCAAGGGUGAAGGUGUUGGCUGGAGUGCAGCUCUGCCUUCCUGUGAAAAAAUCCCUUGUGAGCCACCACCCAAAAUAGCCAACGGGGUCUACGAGGAAAGGGUCAGCUACGUGUACCAGAGCUCAGUGACCUACAGGUGUCAGGAUGUUCCCAAGGGCAGCGAUCCCUUCUCCCUCAUUGGCAAUGCCACGAUCCACUGCACGUCUGAUGAACACUCCAACGGAGUUUGGAGUGGGCCACCUCCAGAAUGUCGAGUGGUCAAAUGUGAAGACCCCAGAGUUGAAAAUGGGAGAAAAAAAUCUGGAUUUGGAAAUUCCUACAGUUACAAGGACUCAGUUGUGUUUGAGUGUGAACAAGGCUAUUUCUUGGUUGGAGCAGAGGUAAUUACCUGUGAAGAAAGUAGCACCUGGGUUCCUCCAAUACCAGCUUGUGAGAAAAUUCUUGUGGCAGCUCCUGCAGAGGUGUGUCCUGCCCCAGAGGUCCCCAAUGGGCUUCUGGUUCCAGUCAAGGCUGACUAUAACAAAGGAGAGUCCGUGCAGAUCCGGUGCAACCCCGGCUGCUCCUUCCCUGACGGCUCUGCAGAGGUGACAGUGACCUGUGGAGAGCAGAGGUCCUGGGGUGCUUUACAGCACUGUGCCUGCGAGCCUAAAGGCUCCGGUUCCACACCAGUCAUAAAUUAUGGGAGAGUGGCAGCUGGAGAAAAAUCUUCCUAUUCUGUGGGGGAUUUCAUCACCAUCGAGUGUUACACGGGGUACACCUUGCAGGGGGAGCCUCGGAUUCAGUACACCGGAGACAACCAGUGGGUGCCAGCAGUGCCAAGCUGCCAGCUCAGUGGAUAUAUUAUAGCCAUCAUCUGUGGUAAGUAUUUUCUAAAACCUUAAAAAAUAUACAAUACA